AACUCAAAAAGUCAGGUGCUCUGAACGCGCUCUGCCUCUCUCAUUCUCUCUUCUCUCUCGCUCUCGCUCUCUCUUUUCCUCGUUUCUCGUCCGCGCGCUCGCCGGGAUCUUGCUCGUUUCCCGGAAACCAUGGCAACGGCGGAGAACUUUAACGACAAGAACGCCAUCUUUCGCAAGUUGAAAUCGAGGUCGGAGAACAAGAUGUGCUUCGAUUGUAACGCGAAGAAUCCAACUUGGGCGUCGGUUACUUACGGGGUCUUCCUCUGCAUCGACUGCUCGGCCGUUCAUCGGAGCCUUGGUGUGCAUGUCAGCUUCGUCAGGUCGACAAAUUUAGAUUCAUGGACCCCAGAACAGCUAAAGAUGAUGAGUUUUGGAGGAAAUAAUCGUGCUCAUGUUUUCUUUAAACAGCAUGGAUGGACUGAUGGUGGUAAAAUUGAAGCAAAAUACACAUCAAGAGCUGCUGAACUAUACAGGCAACUUUUGUCAAAAGAAGUUGCAAAGAGUGGCACUGAUGACAUUGUUUUGAAUUCUCCAAAAUCUCCUAUUGCUUUCUCCCAGUCUGCAAAUGCUAUUGGUGGUUUUCCUGAUGACAAGGUUGUGGAAAUUGCAAAAGAAGCUCCAAUUGAUAAGCCUAUGUCACCUAAAACUCCUUCUCAACCUGUCAAGAAACCUCUUGGUGCAAAGAAAACAGGAACUAAGACAGGAGGACUGGGUGCUAGGAAACUUACUACGAAGACCAGUGAAAGCCUGUAUGAUCAAAAGCCUGUUGAACCUGCACCAGUGGUUAGUUCCUCAGUUAGUUCUACCACUACACUGACUUCCUCUUUACCUUCCCGUUUUGAAUAUGUGGAGAGUAUGAAUUCUGAUGACAAUACUAGUGGCCCUCAAGUCAUCAGCCACGUUUCUCCACCCAAAUCUUCAAGCUUCUUUGCAGAAUAUGGAAUGGGGAGUGGCACUGAGAAAAGAGCAUCUUCCAGUUCUAAAGUACAGAUUGAGGAGACAAAUGAAGCCAGACAGAAAUUCUCUAAUGCAAAGUCUAUUUCAUCAGCUCAGUUUUUUGGUGAUCAAAGUAAGGCUAGUGAUGUGGAGACCCAAGUCACCUUGCAGAAGUUCUCGGGUUCAGCCGCUAUUUCAAGUGCUGAUCUUUUUGGCCAAAGCAGAAAUGAUUCUCGGGUUGACUUGACAGCAAGUGACCUUAUUAACCGCAUUUCUUUUCAGGCAUCACAAGACAUUUCUUCAUUGAAGAACAUAGCAGGGGAGACUGGCAAGAAACUUACGUCUUUAGCUUCGAGCUUCCUAACGGAUAUUCAGGACAGAAUUCUUUGAGCAAAAGUGCUUGUGGCUGUUUAAAAUUAUUUGUGGUCUAGCUCAGACACAAUAAGUUCUGGUUUUUAGUAUAUAUAUAUAAUAUAUAUAUGUAUACCUUAAAAGGUUCCUUUUCUUUUUCUUGGUUCUGGGAAUAUCAAUCGAUAAAUCCCAUCUGAUAGCAUGGAUGCUGUACCUUCAAUGGUAUGCAACGAACUUAAAUGAACACACAACUGAGAGUCCUGUGUUCAAAUCUUCUUGCUCUUCCUGUUUCUGCUUUUAAUAUGACUGGAAAUUGACUCGCCUUUCUCGA